GGCAUUGCGAUGGAGCUGCUGUCGAAAUCGGUGCUCAGUGAACUGGAUGCGGCAACAUGCCUGAUAUCCGCGAUGACCAAACCGGCACAUUUCAUGCUUGUGAUCAGUGCUUUGACGAAAUUUUUGGCCAACAGUAUUGCGCUGGCAUCAGACAAGAACUGCCAAAUGUUCCACAAGCAUCAGGCAAAAGUAAUAUUUUAG